AUGUCGAGCUUUCCACAGUUCGCUCUUCUCCCAAUCGAGUUACAGCUUCAUAUAUGGAAUUUUGCACUAGAGGCUCAAGAAGGGCACAUUGUCCCAGUGGAGCAUUUACGAUAUGGGCGUCCCAGAACAUUCAGCCCGCAUACUCUAUACUUCGUGAAUUGUGAUUCACGGAGAACAUAUCUCGGAUAUCACAAGAGCAAUUUGGCCCGCUAUCCGAGGCUGGGAAUCGUGGUCUUCGACCCGAGAAUAGACAUAGUUUUGGUAGAAGUAGGCUGGGUGAAAUGGAUCAAAAAUGCUUUGACCCAGAUCAGAGAUAAACCAGAGGGCAGAGUUAUGAAAGAUGUCCGCAAUAUCGCCAUGGCCGUAUUCUACGAAGACAGUCUUAGUCACGAGGGGCUGCAAACGCUUCCCAACUCGUUCGGAAAUACUAUAGCAAGAGUGUUACCAUCCCUUGAAAACUUCAUCUAUGACUUCGGAUAUGAUUUCAGAAACCCCUGUUUUGAAAGAUUAUAUAGAGCGAGUCAAGGGAUUGAUUAUGAACAAGGUUCACCAAUUUAUAUGCAGAGAAAGGAUGGAAGACGAGAGGAAUUUCUGGUUCAGCUGGCACGGGAGAUUUUGGAAGAAUACAAGCGCAGCGAGAACCCCAAGUGGAACAUUCCGAGGGUACUGUCAACGCUCGAGAUUUAUUGA